CAAUUUCCCACCUAAAUUCCCGCAGGUCCCUCCCUCCUGCGCUGGGACUGGCUAGGAUUUCCUACUACAGCUAUUAACCAAUCCCAACGUAGAAGUUCAGCCCUCACGAGCCAAUCCUAGAGUAGGGAAGCGGUGCAUGUCCGAGUACGGGUGUUAAAAAACACUCGCUUAUCAUCAGGUCGACCGUUACUCUGAGGGUCCGGAUAACCGCCCGUCCAUAUUUUUUCAUUCUUACUGAGAAACUGAGGAUUUUCUCCCAAUGGGGCAAAAAAAGCAACAGAGAACGCUGGAUAAAGACGUUUGGAUACACCGUGAGACUUUUUACAACGAGACUUUAAUGACCAGUCCUAUAAUCUCUUGUGGUCUUUCGAACCAACAGUGACAUCUCAGUCUCCCUCUGAACUGCCUGGUUAUAACCAUAAACCAUAACCAACCCAAGGAACAAUCUCCACCAUGGGAGAGAGACGAGGGCGUCCAAUCCCUCUUCUGUGUCGGUCCCGGCGUUUUGGCUGGUCCGGUAGCUGUGACAGCGGCGGGCUGAAAAGUUCUGACCCAAAUGGUCACACAUUUACAGGCCGAAGCUCCGAAUACAGCCUAGAGGAGGCAGCAGCAUCCCUGGAGAAGCCGCCAGUGGACAGCACAUGCUACUCUCCUGUUUCAGUGGAACUGGAGCCUGUGGUGAAUAAUGGAUCAGGCGUCCCGGGCCCUCCGGGUGGACUCACAAAAGAAGCAACGGUGCACAGACAGUACGGCCAGCCGCACUCCUGCUCCUCCCUCUCCCUGUCCAGCGGCGCGGUCAGCGGAGAGCCAGCGCGUGGGCUGCCCUGCCCCGCUCCCUCUCACUUCACACACAGCCCCUACCACGCCAAGACUAGCAUGCAGGGUGAUGUCUACAACUUCCUAGAGAGACCUGCAGGCCUGAAAUGCUUCCUUUACCACUUUCUAGUGUUCCUUAUGGUAUUAGUAUGUCUGAUCUUCAGUGUACUUUCCACCAUCGAGCAGUAUGCAGAUUUUGCCACUGGAACACUAUUUUGGAUGGAGAUUGUGUUGGUGGUGUUUUUUGGAACGGAGUAUGUGGUGCGUCUGUGGUCAGCAGGCUGCAGGAGCAAAUAUGUGGGCAUCAAGGGCAGACUGCGCUUCAUCAGAAAACCCAUCUCUAUCAUAGAUUUGAUAGUGGUGGUCGCAUCAGUUGUAGUACUGAGUGUGGGAUCAAAUGGGCAAGUUUUCGCCACCUCUGCCAUCAGAGGAAUCCGCUUCCUUCAGAUCCUGCGCAUGCUGCAUGUGGAUCGACAGGGAGGCACAUGGAGGCUUCUGGGUUCUGUAGUCUUUAUUCAUCGGCAGGAGCUCAUAACGACCCUGUAUAUUGGAUUUCUGGGUCUGAUCUUCUCCUCAUACUUUGUGUAUCUGGCGGAGAAAGAUGCGGUGGAUGAUGAAGGCAAAACUGGUUUCUCAAGCUACGCUGAUGCACUGUGGUGGGGUGUUGUCACUGUGACUACAAUAGGUUAUGGAGACAAAGUUCCCCAGACGUGGAUAGGGAAGGCCAUCGCCUCUUGUUUUAGUGUGUUUGCUAUCUCCUUCUUUGCUCUGCCAGCGGGAAUUCUGGGUUCAGGCUUUGCUCUGAAGGUGCAACAGAAGCAGAGACAGAAACAUUUUAAUCGCCAAAUCCCAGCUGCUGCCUCAUUAAUACAGACAUUAUGGCGAUGCUACGCUUGUGAGAAACCUGAUGGCUGUCCGGCUACCUGGAAAAUGUAUGUGCUGACUGGUGACUACAUCCCAGUUAUAAACUCAGAGAACUCCAGUCCCGGAAACUUCAGAAAACUGAGUAAGCGGUAUAAGCGGAGGCUAAAAUCUACUCGUGAUAAUGGUUCCCUGGGGAAUGCAGGAGAGAAGGCCCUGUCCAUCCCUCAGAUCACCUAUGAUCAUAUAGAUGACAAAGAGGACAAACGAGAGGUGCCUUUCUUCCUCGAGGAACCUCCAGGCAUCACAAAGAUAUUCAGACAGACAGCUCGUCAUCACUCGUGGUCUUCUUUCAAUCUUAGCUGUCCUGCUUCUCCAGUUAAGAAAAAGCUGGAUGGGCAUCCCGACAUCUCACGCACCAACAGCCUAGUGGAUGACAUCGACUUCGCCAGUGAGUUCAUUCCACUUCCUGCAGUGACAGAUGCUUCACAUCUACUGACAAGCAAUUACUCAGCAAAGGAGGAGGAGUCUGUCUCAACACAGCAGUUGAAUUCAAACAGGCUCUCCCAUGCGCACAGAUCUGCAAUCAAAGUCAUCAGGAGGAUGCAGUACUUUGUAGCCAGGAGGAAAUUUCAGCAAGCGAGGAAACCAUACGACGUGCGAGACGUGAUAGAGCAGUAUUCCCAGGGCCACCUCAACAUGAUGGUCCGCAUUAAAGAGCUCCAGAGACGGUUGGAUCACACGCUGGGAAAGCCAGGAUUGUUUCUGCCAGAAAAAGGUGUAGACAAGGAGUUCCACACGGUUGGAGCCAGGCUGAUCAGACUGGAGGAUAAGGUCCUUCAGAUGGACCAGAAAGUGGAAAACAUCCUGAAGAUCCUGGUGGAGCAAUUCCAGCCCAAACCCGAGCUGCUUCAGAAACCCAGCCACUCCCGCGUGACGGUUAUGAAGCGCCUGGGCGUCAGCAUGGACGAAGGACAAUGAAAAAGAAAGCAGAAACGCUGGGUGAAGAUAAGGACACAUCUUUGGACUGUGGUUGUGGAAACUGCAUGUCCAGGAGAAAAGACUCCACCUCAUCUCUCUCCUUCAGGUUUUAGCAUUUUAUAAAGGAAUAGAAAUGUGAAACAGCAGUAGUGAGGGGUGGUGAGAAGUUGUGGAGAUGGUCAGGAUAAUAAAGGACUGCAGGAAAGGCAGGAAGAGCUUCCAAAGAAAACAAGCUAUACGUUUGACACCUUAAUAGCUUUCAGCAAAGGGCAGCCGCUCAUGCAUUUCUCUCUUUGUUUGACUGUCGUUAGUUUACUACAGCGCUGAAGGGGCAGCACUAAAGAUACGGUUAUUUGAGCUGUAAAUCCUGGUGUGAUUUGGAACCACUGCUCCGCUCCGCAGAAAUGCAACAACGGGCAAAAGAUCCAUAGUCACAUAUCCAUCAGGAGCGUUAUUAAACUCCUAAACCACCGGCUCGGCUCACGUAACGCAGGGGAAGCACGACACAGAUUAUCCGUGGCCCGUGUUAAUCUACACUCCGCGUUUAGUGAGUGUGAACACAUUUUCUGUGCGUUAAAUCCGCCGCUGAUAAAUAGCUACAGCAGAGCUAAUCAAAACAGCAAAACACCGCUGAUGGGGUUUAAUGGACUUAAAUGGAAUAUUAGAAAGGAAGGGGGGAGAGCUAUUUGAGGUUGGGGACUCGGUGAGGAGUGCCAAGGGUUUUUUAACAGCGGGUUCAUUUUCAGAGAGGUUUUGGAGAACCUUCUUCCAUUAAAUCUGUGAUUAUUUUUUCUCACUCCAGCUAAUUCAAUUCAAACUCCGUGCUAAGAUGAGUUGGCUCAGCGCCAGGGUUUGAUGAAAGGAAACUGCAGUGCAAAAUAAUAAAAUGGAGAUUUGUUUUCAGAAGCGCGGGGUGGCGUGUGUACAGAGCAGGGCGAGGGGGAACGGGGAGAUGCAUGUCGAACUCGGAUGGCUGCGCUCCAUUCACCGCACGCACUCAGCUGCUGGCACUCUGCCAAGCGCAGAACAAAUUGCUAGGUGGUUUUCUUUUUUAGCAUGUUAAUUUAACAUUUACUAUAGUGUGCUGAGAGAGAGAGAGAGAGAGAGAGAGCGAUUAGGGUUCAGAGGAGAGAGAGAGAGAGAAUUAGGAAUUAGUGAAGGAGAACUAGGUCUAAACCCUUUUUCCUCCCAUCAUUUCAUCAUUUGCUGUGACUGGAGUCUCCCACAGUUGAAGUGUGGUGAGAGAAAAUGGAACGGUGUGAAAGACUGACCGAUUAUUAUUACUCUGUACAGUUUUAUAAGACGUGUACGUAUAGUAGCAAUGCCUUAUAUGUAUGUUUAUGCAGCACGGACUACAUUGAUUAUGAAUGAGAAUGACAAGGAUAUGUAAUAUAUUCAGUAUCUUAUCAGAGACUUCUGUAAAUAAAAAAGGCGCCUUUACAUUUUAAA